AUGGCCUUGUUGGACUGUUGGUUGGCUGCCAUCUGGCAUAUGCGGUCGAGGGCUUCCGACGCAACCUUCACGGAACCUGACCAGGCACGGGGAGUGUCGUGGAGCAUUGAUGGCCUUGAACGCUCGGGGGCUGUCACCGCCGGCCUAUCCGCGUCGUCUAAAUUAAGCGAAAGUUUGAGACGUAACUGCUGGAAUGCCGUUCCUUCAAAGGCUUAUUUCCCGUCGAGCAGUCAAGGCAGUACGGUAACGUACAGGGUUGUGCGUGUAACGAGGGCUUCGAGUUCAUCCGAGCCGUCCGUCGCUUCCGCAUCAAGUGCUUCUGCUGCAUCAUCGACGACCGAACUGAUUCCAAUCGCGUUGAAGCCAGCACUGGACAAGCGGGACUCAGAGGCGCUGAAGGUGGCGCUGGAGUGCUUGAAGGAAGCCGGCACCGUCACGGCCUGGGGUAGCUACCCUAACGUCGCGAGACGAACGGCGAGCGUGCGCGAGCUGACGCAAGUGGGCAUCAAGAACGCGGAGAAGCUCGCCGUGUCGUCUGUCCGCAACGACGCGCUCUUCCUCGCCACUGUGGUCGGCACCACCUCCAUCCUCGCCCUCGCCGGCAGCCAACUACCAGGGGACUGGGGUUUCUUUGUGCCGUAUCUCGUGGGCGGCCUCUCCAUUGUCGUCCUCGCUGUCGGCAGCGUUGCCCCAGGGCUUCUCCAGGGCGGCAUAGGAGCCAUGGCGCCUGCAUUCUCGGACUACAAGGACCGAGUGCUCCGGCACGAGGCAGGCCACUUCCUCCUGGCGUACCUUUUGGGCCUGCCACCUGUCGCGUACUCAUUGGACAUCGGCAAGGAGCACACGAAUCUGCUGGAUGAUAAGCUGCAGAAGAAGAUCUACAGCGGCAAGCUGGAGAGCGAUGACGUGGACAGACUCGCAGUGGUGGCGAUGGCAGGCAUGGCAGCGGAGGGGUUGCAGUACGAGCAGGUGAUGGGGCAGACAGCAGACCUCAACUCGCUGCAGCGCCUCAUCAACCGCAGCGGGCUCGGCGCCUUGACCCCUGAGCGACAGCAGAACCUCACACGCUGGGCGGUGCUCUACGCGGCUUCGCUAAUCAAGAAUAACUCGAAGUCCUUUGAUGCUCUCAUGGAAGCCAUGGCAAGAGAUGCCCCUGUUGAAGAGUGCAUAGCAGCAAUUGAGAAUGCUGCGGCAAAAUAA